UUGAGACUCAAACUAGCUAAUGGCGCAAAUUGUGCUGCUUAAAGUGCACCUCAUACUGUUGUUUGCAACCCUUACCUCCUCUACUUUCACCGGCGUCCGACUCGAGCUCACGCACGUCGAUUCCGAUAAGGGCGGCCUCACCAAGUCGGAGCUCCUCCAGCGCGCGGCGGGCCAAGACCAACUCCGCCGUCGCAGCCUUGUAGAGAAGCUCUCGUCGACCGACAUCACCGCCCCGGUAACGUUCGCAAGCGUGUCGUACUACAUAACUCUCACGAUCGGCACCCCACCCCUUCCUACAACUUUGUUCGUCGAUACCGGCAGUGACCUCAUCUGGACCCAAUGCGUAUCGUGCACCGAGUGCGUCCCGCAGUCGACUCCGCUUUACGACCCCUCUAAGUCCUCAACCUUCGCGAAACUUUCAUGCAACGGCACUCUAUGUCGGGCCCUACCAAAUUUUUCGUGCUCUCCGGACUGCAAGUACUCAUACACUUACGGAGACGGCGGUUCGACACAAGGCUUCCUCGCCACCGAGACCUUCGGCUUCGGGCCUACUAACCCGGUGUCGCUCCCGAGCAUCGGUUUCGGGUGCGGCGUUGUGAACAUCGGCCCGGUGGAUAAUGCUUCGGGCAUCAUCGGGCUCAGCCGCGGUCCCCUAUGACUAUUAACUCAGUUGGGUUUGGAAAAGUUCUCGUACUGCUUCACUUCUUACGGUAAGUUUACGCCGACUCCGCUUCUCUUGGGAUCUUCUGCACACCUGACCGGUAGCGGAAUUCAGAACGUGACGUUCGUGAAGAACCCUAGUACCAUUCCUUUCUCCACCUUCUAUUACCUCCCUUUGCAAGGAAUAACCGUCGGCGGAACCCUCCUGUCAAUUCUUAAGACGGCAUUUCAACUGCAACCCGACGGGACCGG